AUGGUACAGCAGGGUCGCCCGGUAGCCUGGGAAGGGCGUGUAUCAAUUUUGUAUUUGCACACCUGCAAAAGUCUUCGGGAAGCAAAGCGGACCGUGGAAUGGUCGCGUGAUCUCGUAGGGUUCCGUUGUCUUCUGGAUCCUUCCGAGUUCGGGUUUUUCUCGGUCGAACGCCCUUCUGAUUCGGACGAGGUCUCGUCCCAGCGGAAUCGAGCGCGAAGCGUCACCGUUGGGCGGGGGUACAAACCAUCCCCCCCCCGUCCCGGUACCGCGUCUUCUCCCCCCUCGACGACCGCAACCGAUUCCCCCGUUGCCCUUGCCACAGUCGUCGUUGCGUGGCAUUGCGGGGCUUUGGAUUGCCGUCCGUGGAUUGCUUGGCGGCGGGACGCACGGACAUACCGUUUCGCCUCGGCGACGAUGAGCUCCACGGCCGUUCCCAAGAAAAAGUUUGGCAAGAAUCUCAACAAACUCGUGCAGGCCACGACGGCUCCACCGAUUGUCAACCGAUCCGCAGACCGUGGCAGUGUCCGGAACGGUCUACUCCUUUUGAGCACCAAAAAAUCCGGGGGCGGACUCUUGGCCAACAAGAAUAACAACAACAGCAAUAACAACAACCCCGUCCCGAAAGCGUCCGGCACCGAUGCGGCUCCGGCUACGAGCGCUUCCGCUGCUCCGGUAGCGCACACGAACAGCAAACCCAAGGCUCAUUUGUCCUACGAAGUAUCCACGCACGAUGUUCUCCUCAGCGCGAUUGGUGCUUCGCAGGCGGAAGCCUCCCUACCACCGGACGCCUGGGGCGUCCACCAGCAAAAGUCGCCACAGAAACCGCACGAAGCUCCCGCCGACAACCACACCGUGACACCAUUGGCGGCGGAAUCAUUGACACUCCCCAAAUCCACGGCUGCUAGUGAACCCGUCCGCGACGUCACGGACCCCGCACCGCCCGUGUCGACUAUGUGGGACGCGUAUGGCGGACGCGGCGGUACACCGGCGGCUGCUGCCGUGGCAAGCGAUAGCAUCGGUGUCCAACAAUCAAGCGAAGAAGACUUGCAGGCCAAUACUAUGGCACGAUUGGCCAAGGAACGGGCGGAAAAGCGACGCAUGGAAGAAGAAGAGCGUUUUGUGGCACAACGCGAAGCGGCCAACGAACGAUUGCGUGCACUGGAACAAAGACAGCAACAAAGAGCCGCUUUGGCGCCCACCACGAGCGAGCGUCCGUCCGUGACAACUGUGGGGCCACCGCGUACCUUGUGGGAACCCGAACGGGAAAACGCGAAACGUGAGACGGCAACGGACACGGAUACAGCGGAACCAACUUUGCAAGAACCAAAAAUUCAUCUGGUGAGUUACGAAGAUCGUGAUCGGGGUGAACGAAACACUGAUUCCGGUCCACGGAUGCUUUACGAUCCCAAAAGCGGAAGUAUGGUAGCGGUGAAAGCUCCUCGUAAGGAACGAACGACGAAGAAAGGACAUAAGGCAUCUGAUUCGGGAUCAGAAAACGCCAAGUCAACGCGCAAGCCGAAAACCAAAAAGGAAGGAAAUAAAGUCACGCUCGCUACCAAACCCGAAUCUGCAAAGGCCAACCCGAAUCGUAAGUUGCCUCGCACUUGCGGAGUGCUGUAUGCUCGCGGUGCCAAGGGGAAGUAUUAUUGUGUAGAUGGAUGUGAAGCAGAUUUUGGAUACGGCUCGCACAGCGUUCCAGGAGGGCGCAUUCGGAACCCACAAGCCUACGCCAACUUGAUGAAAAAGCAAAUGCUCAAGAGGGACGAUCCAUUUGAGGGAUACGGCGAUGAUGGCUUUGAUAUAGAGAACUAUGGUGUCAAUGUCGACCACCAGAAAGUGCCUUUGUCGAAUGGUUUCUCUAUCGACGACGAACAGCCUCAACCUGUGGAAUGGAUUACCGCCGACGACAAGAUUGAGCUGGUCACCGGAGCAGACGAAUCCCCUACUCUCAAGCCAACGGCUAAAGAAUGGGCUCCUAAUCAAGCAGCACUCGCUGCUGCCUCAAAGAACAAGGCAGACAGCUCGGUGGAGAGCAUGGAAGAUACGGACGACCUUGAAGAAGAGGACGACGAUGACGUUCAGAUCUUGGGUCUUGGUUUUGAUCCGACGCAGGACAUGGACUUUGUUAUGCAUUCCCCAUCGCAUACUGCUGAAUCUAGAGCGACGAGUCGUUUAGCAGGUGUGGGUCUUGAAGACUUAAGCUUGGAUCCACCGAUGUUGUCUUCGACGGUCAACUCAACGGAACCCCGCAGUCACAUCUUUGCCUUUGGGUCUUCCGGAACCUGGGGCGCUGGUAAAAUUGGUAGUAGACAUGACGAUGACUGGACUGUUCCCACUAUUGGAAGUGGUGGAGGCUUGUUUGGCACGGAUGUCUUUCGCUCCGGCGAAACGAGCUCGAACCAGAGCUCUCCAUUUCUUACCAUCCCGGCCAACAGCUCGUGGGGCUCUUCAAUCGUCCGGGGUUUCGGUGGCGUUCCAUCGAAUGGUGAUAAAUCUUCCUCUCCCGCCGACUGAUUUAGCAAGAUUGCAGAAUCUCUAAAUGUUCCAACCACUUACUGCAAAGUACGACGUGGCAACAGAGCUGAAAUGCCUCGAAACAAAGAAGCCAGCCUUUCGUUUGGCGUUCAGACCACAUUUCUUAAUGCACGAUACAACGAACAGAGCGACAGCUUGGAUGCUGGUUGUACCUUACAGCAGAAACAUGAUAAAAGACGGUCAUCUCUUAUGAAAUCUUGUUAAAUCUUUACG